AUGUAUCGGACAGCCGUAGCACUGUCGUUCGCCACCUUGGUCCUUGGCCAGCAGGUGGGAACCUACACGGCAGAAACACAUCCUUCCCUCCCCAUCGAGGUCUGCACAGCGCCUGGGUCUUGCACCAAGGAGAACACGGCUGUGGUGCUUGAUGCCAACUGGCGAUGGACACACGUCACGACGGGCUAUACCAACUGCUACACAGGCAAUGCCUGGAAUGACACGGCGUGCCCGGAUGGCAAGACGUGCGCUGCCAACUGCGCCGUCGACGGUGCCGACUACGCCAAGACGUACGGCAUCACAACCCCUGAGCCCGGGGCGCUCAAGCUACAGUUCGUCACCAAGAACGACAAUGGCCAGAAUGUUGGGUCGCGCGUCUACCUGAUGGCGAGCGACGACAAGUACCGCCUCUUCAACCUCCUCAACAAGGAGUUCACCUUCAAUGUCGACGUCUCCAAGGUACCGUGCGGUGUCAACGGGGCCGUCUACUUUAGCGAGAUGGACGAGGACGGCGGCAUGUCCCGCUUCCCCGGCAACAAGGCCGGCGCCAAGUAUGGCACGGGCUACUGUGACAGCCAGUGUCCGGGGGAUAUCAAGUUCAUCAACGGCGAGGCCAAUGUUGAGGGCUGGGGUGGCGCGGAUGGCAACUCAGGGGCAGGCAAGUACGGCACGUGCUGUGCCGAGAUGGAUAUUUGGGAGGCCAACCUCGAUGCCACGGCCUACACACCCCAUCCGUGCAAAGUCUUUGAACAGACCAGAUGCGAGGGAGUGGACUGUGGUACUGGCAGUGAUCGAUACGCCGGCCUCUGUGAUAAGGAUGGCUGUGACUUCAACAGCUUUAGGCUGGGCAACAAGGAGUUUUAUGGCCCCUCCAAGACGGUCGACACGUCCAAGCCCUUCACCAUCGUGACGCAGUUCAUCACCGAUGACGGCACUGAUACUGGCACGCUGAAGAGCAUCCAUCGCUUCUACGUCCAAGAUGGCAAGGUCAUUCCCAACUCGGAAGUGGUUGUGGAGGGCGUCGAUGCUGUCAACCACAUCAGCGAUGGCUUCUGCGAGCAGCAAAAGACAGCCUUUGGCGACAACAACUACUUUGCCACGGUCGGCGGCAUGGCGGCCAUGGGCAAGUCCCUAACCAAGAUGGUGCUGGUGCUGAGCAUCUGGGACGACCAUGCCGUCUCCAUGAAUUGGCUCGACAGCAACUACCCUACCGACGCUGACCCGAGCAAGCCGGGAGUGGCCCGUGGCCGUUGCGAUCCUGAGGCUGGCCUCCCUGCGACGGUCGAGAAGGAACACCCUGACGCCUAUGUCAUUUACUCAAACAUCAAGCUCGGCGCCAUCAACUCGACGUUCACGGCCUAG